CCGCCCUUCCCCCUCCGCCCGGCCCGGCCCGGCCCCGCGAUGCCGCGGAAGGCGCUGGUCUGCGCCCUGGAGCUGGAGCUGCGCUCGAUAACUUGCCCAGGAGUAUUGCUGAAAGACAAAAGUGAGCUCUAUCUCAGCGCCUGUGUAUUUGGACAAUACAAAAGGACUCAAUGUGUCCCUGCAGCGUUUCCACUCUUCUUAGAAGAGAAACUAGUAUUUGAAAAGGUAUUUACUGAUGUAGUUGAUCCUGGAGAACUUGUUGAGCUACUUGAAUUUGACACAGCAGUACUUGAACUAAUACAACUUGUUCCUCCAGUGGGAGAAAUUCUAGCCACUUAUGAAGAAAAUACAAGAGAUUUCCUGUUCCCUGACCCUAAGCUUACUCGUGGGCACCAUGGUUCAGAUCGUGAAGUUUUAAUGAAGCGGUCUUCUAGUUUUACAGGAAUUGCACCAAAAUUGAGAUUUUCUACCAGCUCCCUUAUUACAGAAAGCCUGUUAAGUUCAGGAAGGAUUCAUGUACAGGAUAAUUUGGAUCGGGUGCAUCAUUCAACACCAAAUGGAAGAUUACAAACAAGGUCACCAAAGAAAAACACCCCUUCACCUGAGAAAAACAGGCACUGCUUAGCAACAAAGAACUAUGAGCAGCCCACAAUAGCUUCUAAAUCACGAUCUCCAUCUCCAUACACAAAAAGACGAAUGUGUGAGCUAUCAGAAGAAGCCAGACAACGACUGGCCCAUUUAAAUCUGGGGCCUUUUGAAUUCAGAAGAGAAACCGAUAAACCUCCAUUUGUAGUUAGACAUAUUGAACAUCCGAGCCCCACUGUUGACGUUCAUACUUGGCAUCCCACCAGAGACAGUGGACGAGAAGGUUGGUCCAGGGUAUCUUAUGAUCCUUCUCUUCUUGGCAGCUAUAGACCCAAGCAUACUAAAAUUAUCAGGUCUCAUCAUGGGAAAGACUUAGAUGGCUCUUCUGACAGCUGUGAUGAGCACCCGAUGUCGGGUACUGCUAGUAGGCAAUUUCGUUCUACUAGUUCAUUAAUACAUUCAGCACCCUCCUCAUUGCAGAAACAUUCCUCAAGUCCUGUACUCAACCGUUCUUCUCUUAGAGAAAGAUUUAACUCUGGUUGGUCUACACCAGCAAAUGGAGAAGAGAUCCAUAAACGAGUGAAAAACAUUUUAAGGACACACAGUGCUAGGCAAAGGCUAACAUUUGAUGAGAGUAACUCAUCGAAAGGAGACUCAAGUAAGACAAGAGACAUUUCAUGUAAAGACUCAUUAUGUGGCAGUGAACUACAGAGCAGUUCAUCGGCUCAGCAGAACACCACCGUUCACUUGGAUAAUGGUGAAUAUUGGUCCAACCGUGCAGCUGUGUAUAAAGGAAAACCCCACAGAGCUAUCUUUGAAGACAGCCUGGAGAAAAUAUACAGAAACAUGUACAAAAAAGCUUGUGGCACCAUUUCAAAAAGAAAAAUACCCUCCUGAUAGCAAUACAACCAGAAAUGUACAGUGCACAAGGUUACUAUUUUUAAUGAGAAUUAUUUUUGUGUAACAAAUAUUUGUAUUCUAUUUUUUAACAUGGAAUGUUCACUGGGAAGAACUCUUCUGGGCUAGUGGGGCUUUGAGGCUGGGACCCCAAAAGCAAAAUUUUAAAAUAAAAAGAAAAUCCGAAACCAUUAAAGUUAAGCAGGCGCAUUGUUCCCUUAAGAAGCUAGGAUGGUGCUAUUUCACCCACCCCCUCUUCGUCCUUUUCAGUUCUGAAGCAGGCGCUGAGUAAAGUGAAUGCUCCUAUCAGUCAUCAGUGCAGGCUUUGAUUGCAGCCAACUCGGUUUCAGUUAUUAGCAAUUUAAAUAUAAGUGGUUGAAAGUGAAACCUGCCCCAGUGUUUAAACAGCUAGUGAGAUGAUCAUAGUACAAGACUAUCUGUUUGGAGGGAUUUUUUUAGAAGGAUAAUGUCUGCUCAUUCCAGGUCUAGAAAUGGAGAAGGGAAAAAUUCUGAUACAAUAGUAACCAUGUAGCUGUGUUGAAAGUGUUUCUCAGCACUCUCAGCCAGGAAAUUUCUAUUACUGGUAAGCUCUUUUGAAAAUAACUAUCUAUAUAUUGUAAGAAAACAUCUCUUCUUCAUGCAUCCCAAUGUAACGAUGUCUAAAAGUUUCCAGGGUCACUUUCGGAGCUCGUCGGCUAGAGCCAGAUGCCCCAUGCAAGCAUUAUGAAGUCCCUGCAUCACAAUCCCACCACAUUUGGAGCCCAUCCUUACUAGCCUGCUGGGGAUGUAUUGGCAGAAAUUGCAUCUUUUCGUUAAAGGCCACCAAAUGUUCGGCAGUAGUUGGAUGCUUUCCCAGGAGAAGGAACCUUUUCAGCCUCACAGUGAACAGCUCCCACAUUAACAGACCAGGGCAAGCUGCCCAUCUGAGUGAUUUAAAAGGGCAAGCAUGUCCAUCUCCCGCUUGUUUCUCCCAUUUCAAAAGGAAAUGUGUAUCCUGGCGCAUUCGCUACAGAAGCAGGCAGCUGGGACAGAUUCAGUUACACUAGUGCCAUCUUAUAUCUUGCUUUUGGACAAAGCUAGUUGUACAGAUGGCAGAAAUCUAGGACUGUAACCUGCCAACAUAGGGGGAUGGACUAAAUGUUGGCCUACUCCAAUCCGUGCUUUAAUACUAAGAUAACCUAACUGAUUUAAGGAAGCAGCCAGCGAACGAGUAAGUCAGGUGCAGAACACAUUGAAAGGCUGUGCAGCGUAGCUUCAGGAAAGGGGGCUUUUGAAGGAAAUGUACUGAAUACAGGCAUUUCUGCUCCUGGUAACAGCUAAACCAAUGGCUGGAUUAACAACUCCAUGUUCCUGGCCUUGCAGUGCUUUAGCCCAUGCUUGGCCUUUGCAGUGCUUUAGCUUUUCAGAGUGCAAAACAAAAAUUAACCAGUUAUUUAACCCUCACGACCUCCUAUAAUGUAGAGAAGUAUUAGUAAGUCACUUUUUAGAGAUGGACAUGUACAGCACAGACUUAUCCAAAGCUUGGUACUCACCAGCACAGGAGGGUUUAGAAUGUACAAGUUUCUGGAUCCUAGCCCUGUGCUCAUCCAUUAAACUGGGCUGCUUCUCUGUGGCUCUAGUCCCUAUUGGUCUGUACUACAAUAGUUUUGUAAUAGAUAAAAAUGACCAAUGAAAAGAUGGCAGGAAGAACUGGGAAGACCACUUACGCAUCAUGAAAAGCCAAGGCAGAAUUUGAUUGGCUCUCUGCCAGCAUGUGACCUAGAGUUACCCAACCAAAAUCUACAUUGCAAGUGCAGGUUGAAAUGAUUUCCUGAUGUGAAGGAGCACUCCGCCAUGAGUCCUGUCUUCCUGCCCAUGCAGUCAACCCCUCCUUGUUCAGUAUUCCCUCCUGGCCUGACCCCAGCGUCAUAGCUGCGUGAAAACUGUAAGCAUGCCCUUUACUACUGUUCAGGUAGGAGUGCUACUCACCACUACCCAUCUCGGCUGAUUCAGCCAAUUAGUUACUAAUUUGAGCCCAAUUAGUUAAACACAUGGGAGGUGCUGAACAUAGAGGUGCCAUCUCCUUGUGUGUGAGACUGGAGACCCCAGUCCCACAUGUGCAGCCAGAAAAUCAAGGAAUGGGGGAAGACAGGAUAAUGAGUUGGAGCAUAGAAAGAAAGUGUGGGCUAAAAGGGCAGGAGUUUGGUGGGAAAGACGAGGCUGUAAUUUAAGUUCCAUUUUAGCCUGAUUGACAGGUGGCAAUCCUGGUUCUUUAAAUUUGUGGGGAACUUACAGGCUUGCUUAGUCUGGGCUUCCUUUAGGAAGAACGGGAGAGGAAACGAAGCGUUCAUAUUUGAAUUUUGCUGGAUAGGAAUAUUCUCCAUAUGAAGUUUUGCUAUAUAACAUAACGUGUGCUAUAAAUUGAAUGGCCACCCUUUGGCCCCGCUCCUAUUGUGUGUAGAUGUUUUGCCUCUUAGAAUCAGCUAGUAUCAUCAGUAUCCGCUAACCACCUCUCUGAUAGCAGGAUUGUGCUUGUAAUAUGUACACCGUGAUAUAGCUGAGGGUUUUCUUCCAAAGCCUGUAUUGGAAUCCAGUUCUGUUGUUAGGGGAAAACGUGUAAGCGAAAUGUGACGUAAGAGUCAAGCCACACAGCUCUGUCCCUCUGAAAUCUGCAAGCCGUUUUUAAAACAAGUGUUUGGCCCCCUCCCCUGUUUGUGUGCUUGGCUAACCUUCGAUUAAUAUGCAUAUAGCUCAAGUGCAGAGAAGACCGAUUCUCCUCUGCUACUGCCGUGUGCGAUAAGUAUAGUCUCAGGCAGUGAACCAACAUAGUAAUAAACUGUGAUUGUUUAGUGCACCUUGCCUUCUAAUACAAUUUAAAUCCCUUCUAUCAAAUGCAAAUUUCUGGGUUCCUGGGCAGAGCUUUAAAUAGCAUUUUCUUGCUCAGUCCUUAUCUUUUGCCAUCCACAAAGUGGUGUGUUAGUGACAGUAGGAUGGCAUAAUUCCACCACCACCAUUUUACCUGCCUACUCAAAUCUAGAAAUAAUGGGAUAGAUUGAGAGAAUUAGAGUUUAUUGCAUCAGUCUUUUUUUUCCUCCCCUGGGCUGUCAUAGCUCAGAAGUAUUCUAACCAGACAUUAUUUGCCUUUUUGGUAUUGUGUGUGACAUAAAAUGUAAUCAGCGUAAUAUUUUAAUCACUUUUCUUUUAAUAAGUCAAAUUGAGGCUACUUUUGUCUCAAUUCCCACUGGGGCAGAAACUUGGUUUGCGCAAACACAAACUGUACAAACACUGGGGCUCAAUCACAAGUCAGGCUCUUUGCUAAAUAGCAGUCACUUUAAAAAUCCCUCAGCAUUGCCCUGUAGUGAUUAAGAGGUGGAAGUGUCAAGCUCUUUAAGGAUCAGCAUUAUCUUGCUUCCCAGCUAGAAGGAUAGAAACCUCAGCCUGGUCCCUUGAGCAUGUCAGAUGGAGCGGACGAUGUGGAACUCCUCGGGUAAUGAAGACACUGAGAAUUUUUAGGCUCAAAAUUUGAACUUCUUUAAACUCAUUUGAUGAGGAAAGUGCUCCAGGUUCUCUGUACUGUAUGUGGUUUGGGUUUUUAUAGACUAGCUCUUCAAGAUUUCUUCACCUGAAGUUUUCAGUGAGUCACCAGAAAACUAAGAAAUCUGUUAAAAGAAGCUAGUCUUCUUUGAGGUGUGUCCCUGUGGGUGCCUCACUUCAGGUGCACAUACACCUGUGCCUCUGAUCGGAGAUUUUUGGUAGCAGUGCCCAUUCAGACUUCGCCUGCACCCUACACAUCCACAUGCCCCAUUCUGAGGCUAUAUAGGGCUGUGUGAGUGCAGCGCCUUCGGUCCUUUCUCACCCACCUUCCCUUUACAAGCUUCUGGCCAUAUUGCAGACUUCUACUUCAGCACAGGUGGCCCUGCCGAUUAAUGACGCUCUCCUUGAGCCAGGCCAGACCAUCUGGAAAACUCCAGCAGUGGAACCCCCUACGUGCAAGUAUGCCAAUAAAAAAUACUAUGUCCCCAGCCAGGGAUUCUGAGUUUUUGUUUUCACAAGGAGAUGUGCCCCAGUGGUUUGGCCUGCUAAACCCAAGGUUGUCAGUUCAAUCCUUGAGGGGGCCAUUUAGGGAUCUGGGGCAAAAAAUUGGUCCUGCUAGUGAAGGCAGGGGACUGGACUCGAUGACCUUUCAAGGUCCCUUCCAGUUCUAUGAGAUAGGUAUAUCUGGCACCAAAUUCUCUAGUCGUAGACAUAGAUAAUGAAAGGGGGAGUCAGCGUAUUUCUAAAGCUACUCCGUAUAACAAGGACCAGAAGUGGCUGGAGUUUUUUGGUCAUAAAAGCUACUCUUUGGCAACAUUACAGUUUGGGAUUGUGAGUCACCAAACACUGAUGUUGAAAUGUAACUACCAGAAUUAUGAGACGUUUAAUGCUUUCAUUGACCAUUUACCGAGAUCCGUAUAGUGCCAUAAUAAAGGAGGGUUAGCUCGUGGCAAAGACAUCUUUGCAGGCUUUACUUGAUGUGGGUGACACUGCAGCCAAGUCUAUUUCCACUGCAAUAGUGAUGUGCGGACUCCACAGACAGCUCACUUCAUUCCCUAAAUGACUCUAGGUCUACGCUUAGGUUCCUGGAGAUAUACAUGCCUGCAAAUAAAAAGAAAUUCAGCAGGACUCAAUCCAUGCAAAGAUCCCAUCCUGCUUAAUGUUCCACCCUCCGUAGACCAUCUGAACUGUCGGCUAAGAGGUCAAGAUUUUCUAAAAAGGAGCCAGUGACUAACUUGAAUACUUCAUCCUAGCCGAUUAACAUUUCCCAAAAUUCACUUUUGAGGGUUUAGCCGAGAGUUUGAACCACCUGAUAGGGUUUCUCGGCUACACUAUUCCACCCCUUUCCCUUAAUUUGGACACUGUCUCUCAUUAUACCAACAGGUUACUGUCUCCCAUGCAUCAGACAAAUAGGUAUCAGCCGCUGUUACUUCUGGUUAUAUGAUCCAAUUUAUCUCCAUCCUGCCCUCCCACCUGCCUUUUCCUUCUCCCUUCAGGGACCUUCUCACGAUCAAUUGCUGACACAAGAUCACAUCACUGUGAAGUCAAAGGGCUAUAAAACCAGUUCCACUUCAACAUAAAGGACAAGGGCUUGUCAAAGGUAUAUUCUGUUACCCAAGGAAAACGGGUUGGAGGCCAAAAGUAGAUCUCAAACAAUUGAUUAAGUACAUCAGACAUUCAGAAUGAUGUCCCUAGCAGCUAUAAUUUCCUCCCCCAAGUCCAGAGACUGGUUUGCAACUCUUGACCUCAAAGAUGCUUACUUAUGUCGUGCAAUUCAUCCCUCUCUCAAAAGAUUUCUUCAUUUCAUAGUCGAUCACUACCAAUUCCUACCCUUCAGCCAUUCUUCCACCUCAAUGAUUUUCUCAAAAAUAACGGUGAUUGUAGCCACCUACCUCCAUCGUCUAGGAAUAAGUCUGUCUGUACCUCGGCGACUAGCUCCUCAAAGUGUGGUCUUAUCAGGAGGUGUUGUCAGCAAUUCAAACAACAAUUUAAAUUUUCCACAGUAUAGACUUACAAAUAAAUAUUGAGAAAUCGGCCUUGACCCCUAUACUGCGUAUAUUUUUUAUAGCAAUGUUCCUGGGUUCGAUGACGAGGAAGUCUCCAGACGGGUUUUUUGCUCUAUCCAAAGAAUGGAGUUCAGGCCUCACAUACCAGCUAGAACAUGGCUGCAACUUGUGGGUCAUCUGGUAGCUUCCGUUUUCGUAACAUAGAACACCAGGUUACAUCUUCAGUAUGUCCAGGAGUGACUCAGAACAGCAUAUAUAUCCAACAAACAGUCUGAAACUCUACUCAGCCAUUCACCUCGUGGAAGGAUCCUUGCAAGGUUUGUGCAAGAAUCCUGUUCAUCCAGCAUCCCCCUAUGGUCAUGAUAACAUCAGACUCUUCUCUCUUGGGAUGGGUAGCACACUUGGAUCCUCAUGUAUCCCAAGGCAAACGGUCACAACAAGAAUAGUGCUUGCACAUCAAUCUGCUAGAAUUGAGGGCAGUCAGAAAUGUUUGCCUCUACUUUCUUCCCCUAAUCAAAAACAAGUCAAUCAAGAUCAUGAUGGACAACAUAGCUUGUAUAUAUUAUAUUAUUUGUCAGCAGGGAGUGUGUCCCCCCUUGCUCUGCACCGAAGCGAUAAAGAUUUGGAAUUGGUAAAUAGUCAACCAGAGAGUCAUUUCAGCUUCUUACUUCCCAGGUAUACAAAACACCAUGGCAAAUGAUGUCAGCAGACAUUUUAUCCUAAAUUGUGAAUGGGAGUUGGACUUGUGAGUCUCUACAAAAUAUUCCUAAUUUGGGGGUUUCCAGAGGUUGACUUUUGCACCACUGCAGCCAACACAGAGUGCAAAAAAAUCUGCUCCAGAAGAGGACUCAAGCCUUUAUCUCUAGCAACCACCUUUCUCAUUACAUGAACAAAGGGUUUUAUUGAUGCUUAUCCACUGAUUCCACUGCUUUUAAAAGUUUCAACACAAUCAAGCAGGACCAAGCCAGGGUCAUUUUGAUUGCACCAACUUGGCCAAGGCAGGUUUGGCUUCCUUACCUCAUCGAACUUACCUCUUGCCCUCAAUUCUCAACUAUUGUCUCAGAAUGCAGGUCAAACACUUCACCCCAAUCUGAAUGUUCUGCAACUCCAGGCACGGUUCCUCAAUGAUUCUUGGAAUUAGGGGUGUCCUGUUCAUCAGAAGUACAACCUGUACUGUUAAAUAGCAGGAAAAAAUCUACAAGAUGCACUUACCUCCAGAAAUGGAGAAGAUAUCAUCUUUGGUAUAACUACUUUCAUCACUCACCUGUCCAGUCAUCUCUUUCCACAGUCUUGGAUUUACCUGUUGGAACUGAAGAUAUCAGAUCUAUCUGAGAGUUCCAUCAAGGUUCACUUAGAAUUAAUAACAACUUUCCACUCACCAGUAGAAGGUUUCUCAGGUUUCACGUAUCUAACCACAAGGAGGUUCCUGAAAGGUCUUAUGAAACUUGUUCUGUAAAUUAGAGUUCUGUUCUGCUUUAGGAUCUCAGUCUUGUCCUUAACUCUCUCAUGAAACAGCCCUUUGAGCCGCCAGCUACAUGCUCUCUGUUACAUUUGCCUAUGAAGAUGUCCUUGUUGGUGGCCAUCACUUUUGCUCGAAGGGUUGGGAAGAUUGGGGCUCUAAUGGCAGGCCCUCCAUUUACUGUCUUCUCCAGGGAGAAGGUAUCAUUACAACCCCAUCCAAAACUUUUACCUAAGGUUUCUUCUGAGUUUCACAUUAAUCAGACUAUUCACCUUCCAGUUUUCUUUCCUAAGCUGCAUAAGACAAUACCCAAAGCCACCUUCUAUACAGUAGAUGUUAAAGGGGCAUUGACCUUUUACUUGGACAAAACUGAACCAUGAACCAUUCAGGAAGUCCCCUAGACUUUUGCCGUUAUUGCAGACAGGCCUAGGAGAUCCACCAUCUCCAUGCAGCGACUCUCUAAAUGGAUCUCUGAAUGUAUUCUUACCUGUUACAGUUUGGCUGAUGUUCAACCUCCCCUACAAGUGACUGCACAUUCUACUCUGUCACAGUCUACAACUGUAGCCCAACUUGAGGUCGUUUCAGUUGUGGAAAUCUGCAGUGCUGCAAUGUGGACCUCAGUACUUGCUUUUCCCAACCAUUAGGCUUUGGGUCAUGCUGUAAGAUCAGAUUCUACAAUAGACAACACAGUCCUUUCUUCAGUGCUGGACUCUGUUAUGAACCUUCUGCUUCCUUAAGGGGUUAUGACUAGGAAGUCAUCUGAAGUGGAGCACCCAUAAGACACUACUCGAUGAAGGAGAAGAAGUUACUCACCAUGUGCAGUAACUAGAGUUCUUAGAGAUGUGUCCCCCUGUGGGAGCUCCAUCACCCUUCUGCUUCAGAGAUUCCUUUGUGGGGCUUUGUAGUACAGAAGAAAUAGAGGGCGGUUUGCCCACUCAGCCCUAUAUAGGCUUGGUCACAGGGCGCAUGUGUGGGAUGAACGGGCACUUCUCUGAUAAAGGCACAGAGCGCAUUCGGACCUGAAAUGGAGCACCCCGGGGACGCAUCUCCAAGAACUCCAGACACUGCACAAAGUGAGUAACCUCUCCUUGUGGUUAAGUUAUAGAACUGGGAACAAGAAGACUCGGGAAGUCUGUGGUGAAUCACUCUGCCUCUUUGUGUCUUUGUUACCCUAUCCAUAAAAGAGAGAGACUAUACCUCUCCUACACAGGGAAAAAUGCUUAAAGAUCCUGAGAUAGAAUUUGUUACAGAAGCGAUUUAUUCCUAAAAAAAAUAACCUCACCAAGACCCAUCUACUAUUCAAUAAAAAGGGCUUUACUGUAGAUUUCCCAAUUUCUUACUUUUUUUUAUCAUGUAACUGUCAAAAAUAAACAAGCACUAUUCUUGUUGAGAUGGGAGUCUGAUGUUAAAUCUGACAGAGUCCAUUGAGAAAGAGAAUAUACAACUCUGACAGCUUGUGGCUUAGAGUCUAAUCAUUAUAAUAAAAAUCCUAGCCAACCUCAUUGGUUUAGGUCUUGAUCCUGCAUGUCUAAUCCUUCAUUGUUCCUACUGGAGUCUCUUCUACUCUAUACAGGUUCUUAUACUUCAUCUGUGUGUAUACAUGUAUGCAUACGUAUGCUGUGCUAUUAAUUUAUCUUAGUAGAGUCAAGGUCAAAAUGUGCCUUGCACUUAGAGUGGAAGGUGGUGAGUCCUUCUAUCACUAUAUAAUCUUCGUCUUCCUAAGUCCUAAACUUGAUGUUAUUUUAGCAACAUUGAACUGUGCAAAGCAAAAUUUUGCUAGUUGCCUCAGUAUAUAAAUACUAUAAUUUAAUAGAGAGUCUUUGGACCAUGUGAAGUCUAACAGCUGUCUUAAUUAUGACAGUGCGAGUUUACUUGUCUGAUUAAGAGAAUGAUAAAAUUUAUCAGAUUAUUAUUGAGAAGAUUUAAAAAUUGGAAUUAGUUGUGGAGUGUGACAAGGACUUUUGAGCUUUUUUUUUUUUCCUCUAAAAAGUUUAUGGGGAAAACCCUGAAACUUUAGAAGUCAGUGACCAAGCCAUUCUACAGCAAUAAACCCACUAGAAGCCAGCCUUUGGGUAUGACUUGAAUUAACUACCUCAUUGACAGAGAUGAUGCAGUAAAGAGGGAAGUCUUUUUAGAUCAAGUCCUAUGUCCCAUAACAAACAAAUUGGUAUUCUAGGAAAAGAUCACUAAGGUCUUCCAAUAAUUCCUAUUUCUGUCAUGUAGGGGGGUCGAACACACAAACCAUCAUCAGUGGUCACCACUAGAACAUCUUGAUCCCAAUCUUUUAAAAAAAAGAAGAGGGGGCGGAUUGUGGCUCUGAAAGUGUUGACUGUUGUCACCACAGAUUGAAAAAAGAGACAAGGAAACUCUUGCUCUCACUCCCCUUUCCCCGCACCCUAAUCACCUACCACCCUUGUAGUUUCAUGUGCUUGCUUUGUGAGGGAAAACUAUUCUGAAAUCCAGGAUAAUUUUCUGGAUGAAAACCUGUAGGAAAUUUAAACGUUACCUUUGGCAUAUCAACUUCAGAGGUCAUGCAAGCUUUCUGCUGGGGAUUCCCAUCCAGUCAGGAUGGUUGGUUUUGAUCUAACAGAGCCGUGGCACCUAGCCAUCUGAAACCACUUUCCCCACGAUGCUCCAUUAUGACGGCUGCUAUCAGCUGAGCUACUCUUGCUAUGGUCCCUAGCUUUGAAAACUUUUAGGCCUAGAGGCCGACAUGUUUUGGUGGAGAGUGAUUGUAGAACUUUCUCUCUUUGUUCCUCAGAGUUUACCACCUUUCAGGGCAUAGGGUGAGCUGCUGUUCUUUGGUCAGGCUUUUACUUAACUCUGUGGAAUUGCUGGGGAGGUUUUUCUUAGGAUGGGUUGGGGUGACACAAAAGAAGGAGAUCUUUGUUCAGUCUGUUGGGGGCAGUUUAAUGUGUCGCUUUCCAUAUGCAUCAACGCACCCAGAUGCCAUGGAUGAGGGGUUUAUAAAACAGUCAUUUAAAUAAAUCGUUUGAAAGUAACACAGCCAAUAUCCACUUCUCCGAACUUCUGUAGAUUGGAUGCUUAUGUUUAGAUCAUUAAACCAACUGGAAUUUUUGGACUUU